AUGGGAAUAUUGGGAAAAUUGCUUUCGUCGGUGUCCCUGGUGUCCAUCUGGUGUCUGCUGAUCGUCGAGCCCGGCACGGUUCACUGGGCGCAGGAUCAUCUGACCUUGUUAUUAGGCACCCUGAAGACAUAUCAGCGCGCAGCCUGCGUCGAGGAGUCGAUGACGUUGAAGUGUCCACUAGGUACCACGAUCUCCGUCGUUCUGGCUCAGUAUGGCAGGACCGAGGCAAAUGGCACUGACAGGUGCAGCUCUUUCGAUCAAUCCACGCUUGUCGGGGACAGACAGGCGAACCAGAGUUGCAUCUGGCUGCAGAAGCUCCAGCAUUCACUGUUGCAGGUAGUGGUGGAAGUGUGUCACAAUAAGAGGCAGUGCAAGUUCAAUACCAGUCCAAAGACCUUUCAGGGCGAUCUGUGUCCUGGACAAUCGAAGUACAUCGAGGUCGCCUACCAAUGCCGUCCUUACGAGUUCAGAAGCAAAGUUGCUUGCGAGAAUGACGUCAUCAAUCUUGCCUGCCAUCCUGGACAGAGGGUUGCCAUUUUCAGUGCAUCGUUCGGUAGAACGGAGUAUGAAUCCCUUCAGUGCCCACAACCCCACGACGUGAAAGAAGAAACGUGCAUAGCGUCGUACGCGACGGCAACCGUGAUGCAUUUGUGCCAUGGGAAACGUCGUUGCUCAGUGGUGGCAAACAGUUCGACGUUCGGUGAACCCUGCAGUCCAGAAAGCAGAACCUACUUGAAAGUUAUUUACACGUGUGUGCCACGGACCGUAUUAAAAGAACAAUAUCAGGGUGUCGUGGAGGCAGACGAGGAGGAUUUGGUGCAUCAGUUCGAUGAGGGCUUCGACAGGGCAGACUUCAGGACGGAGUUUAGCCCGAGUCCGAAUCUCGAGGGGCCGCAAUCGCAGCCGAGGGACAACGUCUCCCGAAAUUUCCCAACGGUCAGUUCAUCCCCGCCGCGAGCGCGAACGAACAACGACGUGGACACACGAUCGAACAAGUUUAAGUCGAUCGGUGUAGGAGCGAAAGACUCGCCCCUAACACCCACGGUUAUUCAAGGGAUGAUUAUGUUCGACAACAACGUGGCCGAUAUGACUACCAGCAGUACGAUGUCGCCGAUUAAUUGCACCACGGUAGUCUACGCCUUUCCCGAAGAGGAUCGUGUCGUUGUCGGCUAUAUCAAUGAAUGGAUCAAUGCAUAUUCGUUCAUAUCGAAGAAUCAAGAAAAAUUCUACCUCUACAUCAUAUUGUCGAUCACAGCUGGUAUCCUAAUCUUUCUGGGCUUGGUAAUUGGACGUCUUCUAGUCAGCCGUCAUCGUGCAAAGAGGGAUGCGAAAUUUCAUACAAAUAACGAGACGCUUCCAAAUGCAUUCACCGAUGACAUUUCGGAGAUCGACGCGGAUAUUGAUCUUACCACUCCGGUGCCAGUCCCCAUGCAAGACCCGAGGAUCCCGGAAACCCAAUUAGCCGAAAGGCUGCAUGGCGAUCGUUACUACGCGGAGACAAGGAUACCCAUGUCGCCCACCACGAUUCAUCAAACGCCAGGACACUAUCAAACCAACACCACAGGUGUUAGGGUGGACCUCGGUAAUCACAUGGUUGGCACCGACAACCUCCACACGAUCCUCCGUCCGGAAAAUCCACGGAGCCUGAACACGAAAAACUACUACUACGGCUGACAGGAGGAGGGGGGUGUCCCGCGCGAGGGACGACCCCCGUCCUUGAGCCCGGUACCGGAAGUGAGCACGCGGAAGUACUGCUUUUAAUCGAGAGACCGAUUUUCUAAUGGCACAGCCGACGAACGAAGCCGCUGUAUAUC